UGUUAUGACGUUGCAAGGAGCUACAGGCCUGGAGUCCCCGGAAUCGCUUACUGGAUGUCGCCGUCAUGUGGCGUUUGGUUCUGUGCAUGGUGGUGCUCGCGUUCCCGGUGUGUGCUGUGAUAGGUGAAGCUGUGUGUGAUAACGGCCGGUUUAACAUUCAGUUGGACCUUCCUGACAAGGGGUCUUAUAGAUGUCCCAGGAGAAAGUGGCCUCUUUCUAACCAGGUGCUUCCAAGCCUGGCCACAUCAUAUAAACAAGAGAAUUCCUACCACACCUGUAUGGACACACAGAUAGAAUAUGCAUCCAUGAUUCCAAACAGUGGAGCACAUCGACCAAAAUUGGCCAAGUAUGGUCAAUAUAUUUACUGCCCACCCCAGAGAUGGGUUCAUAAUCUUAAGCAUGGUGGAGUUGCCUUCCUGUAUCACCCCUGUGUGCACCCACAACUGAAGGAAGCCUUGUCUCUUGUGGCACGAGCUUGCAUGUACAAGCACAUUAUAACCCCUUUCGGGAAUCUUUCCAGACAGCGGCCACUUGCCUUGGCUGCCUGGUGUUCGACACUGGAGAUGUCACACUUGAAUCUCAGUGAGGUUGUUGACUGGUUGAAGCUAAAUGUGUACAGAGCUGAGGAAUAUAAACAAGAAAAUGAAGGGUCUUACCAGCAUCUUCUAAUCUGGCCAUCCUCUGUGAUAUCAGACAAGAAAGACAUGGAAAUCUGCCCCAGGCAUUACCUUCAGACAAUUACUGAUCUCCUUAAAGACUAUAGAAAACCGCUUGCAAAGAGAAACAUGAGGAGGAGGAGUUUGAUUCUCUUACCUGUAUCUGACCAUGAAUCGUCAGUCAGCCAGUUGUAUAAUGCAUCAGACCGUACUGGCUCAAAUAAACAAUCCACAGUAAAUCUAAGCAUAACUAAUCCAGAACUCCAUCAUACUGCACCAAACACUGUCAUCACUGUUUCUUCUUCACCAGCAUCUGUUAUUAUCAAUGCAACUUCAGUUCCUUCACAAAGGACUCCAGAUAUUGCUCUAGUAGCUUCAGAUGACAAAAGGGAAUUAGAAACCCAUACAGAGAGUAAUUUAUCUGACCAGAAAAUAUCAUCUUUGGAAAAUAUCAUACACAAGCCAGCUGAAAAUACAGUUGGGUCCCCUUCUUUGAAAAAUGGUGUUGGCCCAGAGGAAAACUACACUAUGAACCAAUCAGGAACCAAUAAUUCAGACCUAUUCACAUUCCGACAAUAUGAAAGGACUUCUAACAACUCUUUCACAGCCAGUGACCAAAGAGAAAAGGUGACUAAACUGGUUCAGAAACCUACACUAGCUGUUUCUCCAAAACCCUCUGAUCUUAAAGGUAAAUCAGAGUGCAGCUGUGCACAUGAGACAACACACAACCCUGUGGCACAAGCUCAGAAAGCUUCUAGUCAUGGGAAGCACAAGUCUCCUGACAUGUUCAUUGCUACCCCUCGUACUGAAGAGGCAACUUGGGCAGUUGCAUCACUGACGUUCCUUUUUGUGUUGCUGACCUUGUCCGUCCUGUAUACACAAAUUUAUAAGAAGUUCCGCAAGAGCCGCAGCCUGUACUGGAGCACAAGUACUUUUGAACAGAUGGACACUGUGGCCUCUGUUAUCAAGAGAAGACUGCAAGGACAGAGCAAAAGAAAGAAGAGAAUUGGACACAGGAAAGCACCCGUUGUGGUAUACGAGAGCUUAAGUGAAAGCUCUGAUUAAAAUGAAGAAAAGAAUGAAGUCUAAGUAAAUAGCUACCUGUCCUCAAAAUAUAUCACUACUUGGUUGCCUACCUUGUACUAGAACACUUUGGCCCACUUUUACUAAAUUAUAGCAAGUGAUGCAAGCUUUGUUGGAGCUUGUGCAUUCAUCCAAACAUCUUAAAAAAAAUUGUGUAAUUUUUAAAUGAUGUGCCUUUAAGAAGUCAGAGCAUGUAUCUAAAUCUGUACAUUAACUAGUCAUUUUAUUUUGACAUAUGUAAAACAUGAUGCAUAAGAAAGUAGUCACUAUAUCUCUGGUUAAAAUGGUGAGUUUUGCAUCACUUGUAGAUCUCAAAUCAGCAAUUCUCUUAUCACAUCUUAUACUUUUGGGAUAAGUAAAACUGAGCCAUGGUGUAUUUGAGGUUAGGGAAGGCUUAUUCACGUGGGAAAUAAAUAUAAUCCUGUUCCUUUCUAAAAACUCUACACCGUCAAGUGAAAAGUGUAUCUGACGGACUUUGUGGUGCUUUGCCUGCUUUCAUAUGGGGACAUGUUGAUAGGUGUUCAUUUUCCUUUAAGGAACUUUUAAGUAAGUUUCUUGGUGGCAUAUUUGGGAGUCUUUUAGUCCUCAUGCUGACACAGCCAGUGUUUCUUCAAAGUUGUGCACUGGUUCCCGAAAUAAAUAUGAGCUAAAUUUUCAUAAUUCCACACCCAAAUCUGUUUUUACAUACACAUCUUGUAAUGAACAUUGCCAUUCUGUUGUACAUACAUUGGAUUAAGCUUGUUUUCUAAUAAGGUAGAAAAGGCACCAGUGAAACAAAAUACAUACUCACUUUGUUGCGGGAUCCAUCUUAUUCAUUUUGGGGUUGUUUUGCUGCUCACUAUUACGGUACAUAUGUUCUUUAGCAACAGAUGGGUAGUGAUAUAUAUUUCUAAAGAUAUUUAUUUUUGUAAAGUGUGUAAAGAUACUAUAUAUUUUUGUGUAAAUACGUACACCUUUUAUACAUAAGCUAUGUGAAAUCUAUUAAUAAAGUUGACUUUUGUUACUAAA